ACACAAAAUAGAUUCUUGACAUUAUCAAAAUAAAAAGUUACAAAUCAAACUAGAAAUUCAAAUCAAAGAAUUCAAUUACUAGAAAUACAAACACCUAAAUAACAAAUUAAGAGCGCAAAAAAUUAAUAUGUAUCAUACUAUUUUUUAAUUUUAAUAUAAUUAAUUAUUUUUUUUUAAAAUCAAACAACCAAUUGAGCUAAUAAAAUUCUCUUUAAUUUGAUUUGAUAUUAAAUUAUAAAGUAGAGCCUAGCGGGCAAAAAUAGAGUAUAGUGGGAGUAGAUAAACCUAUUUGGAAAAUACUAAAGUUUAGAGUACUCAUUUAGUAAUUAAUAAUUGUGGCCUGUGGGAGAUCUGAUUCCCCAUUUAUUAAUUUAACAUAGUAUGGGGUUUCGUUUUUGUGAUGUAAAGUCCUAGUAUUAUUACCCUUGUGUCUCACUUCUCAAGUACUUGUAUAUUUUGAGGAAUCACAAUUCACUCUCACAAUUAUGCUUUCAGCUUAGUUUUCGCUUCACUGUCUCCUCCUCCUUGUUUUUGAAUUUUGGGUUUAAUUUGUAUUGCUGUAGAUCCUCCUUGUAAGUAAUUAUUAAGCAAAGUAGUAGAAAAAUAUGGAGGAAAGCAGGUUGUUUCAGUGGAGUGUGAUUCGAUCGGUACUUGCCAUUCUUCAAUGGUGGGGUUUUAAUGUUACUGUUAUUAUCAUGAAUAAAUGGAUCUUCCAGAAAAUGGAUUUUAAGUUUCCUUUGACGGUGUCUUGCAUACACUUUAUCUGCUCAGCUAUUGGUGCAUACGUGGUGAUCAAAGUGCUGAGGCUUAAACCUCUUAUCGUGGUUGACCCUGAGGAUCGCUGGAGAAGGAUUUUCCCCAUGUCGUUUGUGUUUUGUAUCAACAUAGUGCUGGGCAAUGUCAGCCUGCGCUACAUCCCUGUUUCAUUUAUGCAAACGAUAAAGUCAUUCACCCCUGCAACUACAGUUAUUUUGCAGUGGCUAGUUUGGAGCAAGCACUUUGACUUGCGGAUUUGGGCGUCUUUGAUACCUAUUGUUGGAGGAAUUCUCCUCACCUCCAUCACAGAGCUGAGUUUCAACGUGUUUGGAUUUUGUGCUGCUUUAUUUGGUUGUCUGGCUACAUCCACUAAGACUAUUCUUGCAGAGUCUCUGCUGCAUGGUUACAAAUUUGACAGCAUAAACACAGUAUAUUAUAUGGCGCCUUUUGCCACAAUGAUCUUGGCGGUACCAGCCUUACUACUGGAAGGCCCUGGAAUAGUGGGAUGGUUGCAGACAGAUCCCCCACUUCUUUCGUCCUUCUUUAUUAUUUUUGGUUCUGGUGUGCUGGCCUUUUGCCUCAAUUUCUCUAUCUUCUAUGUCAUUCACUCUACCACAGCAGUCACCUUUAAUGUUGCUGGAAACCUUAAGGUUGCAGUUGCUGUAACUUGUUCGUGGCUCAUCUUUCGAAACCCAAUCUCAAUGAUGAAUGCCGUUGGAUGUGCAAUAACACUUAUCGGAUGUACAUUCUAUGGAUACGUGAGGCACAUGCUCUCACAACAAACACCAGGCACUCCUCGUACACCUCGGACCCCAAGAAAAAGUAUGGAGUUUGUCCCUCUAGUAAACGACAAGUUAGAGGAUAAAGUGUAAUGCCAGGUGUACUUGAAACAUGAACUGGCUAAAAGUUUGGCAUCGAAGAGAAAUAUAAAGAAGAAACAAACUGUUCAUUGUCUAAUUACUGUUUAGAUAAAUCGAAGUCUGAAUCUUUUAUUUAACUCAUUUAUUUACCUUCAGCCCCUGCUCCGAAUUGACUGGUAUUUAUUUUGCCUAUAGAAGAGAGUUACACGGAAAUGUUUCAUUCA